UAUUUCGGCUUUCGCCGUCGCGACGCUCAUACGAACGACUUAGCCACCACUGUCAGGCGGCGCAGCACGCGGGUUUCUUACACUGAAAUUUCGACGGUCAGUGCACCAAACCAAAACGAACCAGGAAAUACCUAAGAAAUCGCAAUGUCUUCCUCAGUAGCGAAGACCUCCAAGUACACCUACCGCUCCACCGGGGGCGGUGCCGCCGACGUCAGCAUCGAAUACAGCGCCGACCUGAGCGCCCUUACCAGAUUAGAGGACAAAAUCCGGCUCCUCAAUGAAGAUCUCGAAAUCGAGAGGGAACUCAGACAGAGGAUUGAGAGAGAAAAGGCCGACCUCAGCGUGCAAGUAAUCCAGCUGUCCGAACGUCUCGAAGAAGCGGAAGGUGGCGCUGAAAGUCAGUUUGAGAUCAACAAAAAGCGCGACACUGAACUUCUCAAGUUGCGCAAACUUCUCGAGGACGUCCAUUUGGAGUCCGAAGAGACCGCCGCCAUCUUGAAGAGGAAGCACCAAGAAAUUGUUGUCGAUUUCCAGGAACAGAUCGAUUCGGUUACCAAGGCUAAAUCCAGAGCCGAGAAGGAGAAGAGCAAAUUCCAAGCGGAAGUCUACGAAUUGUUGUCACAAGUCGAGAGCUUGAACAAGGAACGUUUGAUCUCCAUUAAACAUGUCGAAAAGUUGGAAAUUUCCAUCACAGAGUUGAAUGUUAGGAUCGAGGAACUCAACCGCACCAUUGUUGAUAUCACAUCGCAUAAGACCCGUUUGGCCCAGGAGAAUGUCGAACUCACCAAGGAGGUUCAAGAUAUUAAGAUCACCCUCGAGAACGCCAACUACUUGAAGAGCCAACUCGCCAGCCAGCUCGAAGAUGCCCGCCGCCGCGCCGAGGAUGACGAACGCCGCCGUUCCCUCCUCGAAGCCCAGCUCCACCAGGUCGAAAUCGAGCUCGAAUCCGUCCGCGUCCAACUCGAAGAGGAGAGCGAAGCUCGCCUCGACCUCGAACGUCAGCUAGUCAAAGCCAACGGCGAAGUCCAAGUGUUCAAGUCCAAAUACGAGGCCGAAUGCCACGCCCGCGCCGAAGAAGUCGAGGAACUCCGCCGCAAAUUCACCGCCAGGAUCACCGAACAAGAGGAACACAUCGAGAGUCUUUUGAUCAAGAUCAACAACCUCGAGAAGCAGAAGUCCCGUCUCCAGUCCGAAGUCGAAGUCCUCAUCAUCGACUUGGAGAAGGCCAACACCACCGCCAGGGAGCUGCAGAAGAGAGUCGAACAGUUGGAAAGGAUCAACAUCGACUUGAAGACCAGACUCGAAGAGACUGUCAACUUAUACGAACAGACCCAGCGGGAUUUGCGCAACAAGCAGCAGGAGUUGCAGAGGACUGUGCACGAAUUGGACAAGACCCGCGAGCAGAAGGAUCAGCUGGCUAGGGAGAACAAGAAGUUGGCCGACGAUUUGGGCGAUGCUAGGAACACCAUUACGGAGCUGACCAGGCGCCUUCAUGAGUUGGAGUUGGAACUGCGCAGGUUGGAGAACGAGCGCGAUGAGCUUACUGCUGCUUACAAAGAGGCUGAAGCUGGUCGCAAAGCUGAGGAAUUGCGUUCUCAACGCUUGGCUUCCGAGUUUGGACAGUACCGUCAUGAGGCCGAGAAGCGUCUUCAAGAGAAGGAUGAGGAGAUUGAAGCUAUUCGCAAGGCCACCAGCAUCGAAAUUGAACAACUUAACGCUCGUGUGGUCGAGGCCGAGACUAGGCUCAAGACCGAGGUCACCCGCAUCAAGAAGAAGCUCCAAAUCCAGAUCACCGAGCUUGAGAUGUCCUUGGACUCCGCCAACAAGCUCAACAUCGACUUGCAGAAGACCAUCAAGAAGCAGUCCCUUCAACUUACCGAAAUCAGUGCCCACUACGACGAGGUUCAGAGGCAACUCCAAGUUACCUUGGAUCAACUCAGUGCAUCGCAGAGGAAAAUCCAAGCUCUUACUGCUGAGGUUGAGGAGAUCAGGGGCAACUAUGAAUCUGCUCUUCGCGGUAAGAGGGUUGCUGAACAAGUCGCUGAAGAAGCCGGUACCAGGAUCAACGAACUCACCACCAUCAACAUUAAUCUGGCGUCCAGCAAGAGCAAAAUCGAACAAGAACUGUCCACUCUCGUUGCUGACUACGAGGAAAUUAACAAGGAAUUGCGCAUUUCUGACGAACGCUACCAGCGCGUCCAGACCGAGUUGAAGCACACCGUCGAAAUCCUGCACGAAGAACAAGAACGCGUCGUCAAGAUCGAAGCCAUCAAGAAGUCUCUCGAGAUCGAAGUCAAGAACUUGUCCGUCCGCCUGGAGGAGGUCGAAGCCAACGCCAUCGUCGGAGGCAAACGCAUCAUCAGCAAACUCGAAGCCCGUCUCCGUGACUUGGAGGUCGAGCUCGACGAGGAGAAGAGACGCCACUCUGAGACCAUCAAGAUCUUGCGCAAGAAGGAACGCACUGUCAAGGAAGUUAUGAUUCAGUGUGAGGAGGAUCAGAAGAACAUCGCUUUGUUGAGCGAAUCUUUGGAGAAGGCCAACGUUAAGAUUUCUGCCUUCAAGAGACAGCUUCAAGAACAGGAGGGUGUUUCCGUUCAGAACGUAACCCGCGUGCGCCGCUUCCAGAGAGAGCUGGAGGCUGCUGAAGACCGCGCCGAUACUGCUGAAAGCAGUUUGUCAUUGAUUCGAGCCAAACACCGCACUUUCGUCACCACCAGUUCCGUGCCCGGCUCUCAGGUCUACCUGGUCCAGGAGACCCGAUCCGAGCAAAUCUAACUGCCUUUAGCACACUAAUAGCCGAUUCGUCUGUCAAAAGCCACUUAAACUUACCAUCGUGACACGCGAACCGGUCCACGUUGUUCAUUAUUUAAUUCAUUUUUUAUUUUUUCUUUUGUUCGUGCACAUGAUGUUGAGAAAAUUAUACAUACAUAUAACUACCACUCUCUUUUAAAGAUUGUUGUUAUGUAAGUUAUUAACAUGCAAGAAACAUACACAUUUCAUACGCAUUAAACGAACAUGAGCGAUUUAUAUUUAUUUCGUGUAUCGCGACGUGUCUCUUUACGUAACUCGAGAAGGCUGUAAGGAAAUCUGUAGGUUUCAAGAUGUUAGUUAUCAUCUGUUAACUUCUACAAGGAUGCAGGAGUAUUGACAAUGUAAUAUGUAAGUUUGAAUGUACCGUGUAAGAAUAAAUUGCUUGUAUACAA